GAGCAACUGAUACGGAAUUAUAAAAAAAUUUCAUAAAAAUUCGCAACUCAAAAAGCUACAAAUUAUUCACCUGUGUCGCCAUCAUCUCCUUCCUUUGCGAGUAUAGGUCGUUAUGAGUUUAGGUUUUCUUACAAAUAAUAACAAUACUACAAAAACAACAUGAUCAACAGCGCAAACACAGUUGACUUUAAUGUUAUAAAUCAUGGUAAAGUCAUACUUCCACACGGAUUAGUGCCAUUGGACAAAUGCAAACUAGUACAUACUUCGAAGAUACCUCAAAGUGGCAGCGAAAGAUUCACUUCGUCAUAUGCAAUACAAGCCUCUAUUAAUCCCUACACUUACACCGUCGAUAAUAAGCCCAGAGCCGAUAUUCAAAGUGCCGAGACCAAAGAGAUUAACAUGCAGCCGCAACGUGUACAUGUCCAGCAUCUGCAAAUACAUCCCAAUUUGCAGAACAAUCAAUGGAUUAAUGAUAAGUUUCACAACUUGAACGCUGAAAGAGAGCGCACUGCGCCAAAUGGGUGCAUAACUAAAAUAAAUCACAACAAUAACGUAAUUAGAAAAGAAAGUGCCUUUAGUUUAAGUAGCAGCAGCAAGUGCAGCGUCAGCAAUAACAAUAAUAAUAAUAACAACAACAACAGUAAUAUUAAUAAUAGUAGUAGCUUCCCAAAUACUUUCAAAAAUGUAGAAUGUGAUAAGGACUUAGUCUAUGAUGGCAUGAAAAAGACAGCUCGCGGUGUCACUGCUCUUAUGGGUUCAACCGAUAGGGGUACGACGUCCAUUUAUAGUACUGAUUACCAAGAAAAUGCCUUUCACCGCAUCGAGGAUGUGCACAAUUAUGCCAAGAUGGACCGUUAUAGCUAUUCGAAUGAAAGUAGCAAUAGCAGUAUGCAUGAGGAAGACAAUGAAGACGAAGAUGAGGAUUUAGAUGAGGAUGAUAACAAUGACGAUGCCGCGACCAACUACGAACGUUAUCUGAAAAGCAAGCACUUAGCGGCUAAGCGAAAGCGAGUGAAAUGUCAUGAAAAUUUUAAUAUGGAAAUUACCAGAUUGGAAACGGAGGAGACUGAACUGAAUGUUGAUGUAGAGACUGUGCACAAAGUGCAGAAUGAAACAACUGAAGAGGCAAUGCCUAGCACACCAGACCAUCAUGCGCGCAGACCGAUGAAUGCUUUCUUGAUAUUUUGUAAACGCCACAGAGCCAUAGUCAAGGAACGGUACAGAUCGUUGGAAAAUAGAGCUAUCACCAAGAUACUUGGAGACUGGUGGGCUUCCUUAGACGCCACUGAUAAGAAAUGCUUUACCAAUUUGGCGCAACAGAAUAAAGACGCAUUUUUUAACGCAAAUCCAAACUUCAAAUGGUACAAGCUGCCGGCUCCUCCAUUACGCACCUUGAACACUCGCCCAGGCAAUACAAGCACAGAACCGGAAGACGACAUAAAAUCUUUUAUGAGUGCGCAAAGCGGGAGUGCUAUGCUAGCAAAGUACACGAAGAGUGGCAACAAUCACCUUUUUAAACUAGCUGAUGAAGCACAAAUGGGUGAACUCAGUAGUCUGUUCAGUGGCGAAAGCGACAACAACAACUGCAAUUCGAACCAGAAUGCAUUGCAGAAGGCCUUGGGCGAGACGUCACAAUUUUUGAACGCUUACAUGUCACCCACCAGCGGCGCAGAGAGCGUACAAUCGAACAAACAUCGCCUGUUAAGUGAGAAUAGCUUCUCCAGUAAUGGGAGUGAAGAUGAUAUUUUGCCGAAGAAAACGUCAAGGGCAUGCAAAGGGAAAAUCUAUCAAGAACUUAUUAAUUCAGGGCAAAUUUCAGCGGUUUCGAAGAAAAUAAAAACACCCAAAUCACAAAGCCAUCCCAACGGUUACGCUCAUCACAUUGUGACUCCUUCCAGCAGUUCUAACCUAACUUCACUGGAUAGCACCAAUCAUUUCUCAUCCACGUGCGCGAUGUUAGCGACAUCUAGAAAUAAUAAUAAACUAAGUGAAACUUGCCCCGGUGAGGGUUUUCAAUCAAAUAAUGAUCUGUCAAGUUUCGAUUUGGAAGACAAAAUUAAGGAAUUGCCAGCACUCAGUUUGGAUCUUUACUUACAGCGCAAGCGCAAUACGAAGAAGAAAAAGAAAUUCACAUCGAAGAAACGCCAUUCAAACAAUACAGUAAACAACAAAAAUUCAGAGGCAAUAAGUGUAACGCAUGCGCCACCCAUAUCGUGUCCGAACAGAAGUCGGGAAGCACCGCCGCAGCAGGCUGUUGGCAGUCAAAAACGUAAAGCGCGAAAAGAGAGCAUCACCAGACGCGACGUCACUGUGAUUGAGAAUGAAAUCGCGUCCGUUAUUCCAUUGCCUAAAAAUUUCAGUACCAUAAACGGCUGUUAUUACUUCAACGCAUCGCCAGAUGGCGCAAUAUCAAAAUGUCUACCAUUCAGCGAAAUCCCAAACUCCACGGCUGCAACAGGAUCAGACAAUCAGCGCACCGACGUCAACGUUUUUGGCAACUUAUGCAAUGACAAUUCGUCUACCUCAGACUUACUCAUUCUGGCCGAGGUGGCUGCCAAUCGCACCGAACUAACAAAUUAAACAGCAAUCGGUUAUCACUGUACUAUUCACUAACCCAACCAUAUAAGCACCAAAAAGAAAUUGUAUCUUAAAAAUGCAACUUGUUGCAUUUAUUCACAUAUGCUUAGUUUGUAGAAGUAAUAAAAAUUGUUAUUGUUUUCAAAAGUUAUAUUUAAUACUAGUAGCAUAAAGUCGGAAAUAAAAUCUUAAUUAUAUUAUAUUUUCACAAAA